AUGUUUGUCACGUGUUACCGCGUUGUCUCUGGCAGGCUUCGUCCUGUUCCCCAUAUUUCGCAAGUCGCGAAGGCACAGCGUGCAGAGCCUCCCAAGGCAUCCAGUGCGAGCCCCGCCGUUCCCGAUCGCACAGGCGGCAGCAAGCUAACACCCCGAAAACGUACCCUCUUCGACGAUCUCGAUUCCGCGGGGACGCCAAGUGGCUCCACCGCCCAAAUUUUCAAUGAUGAUAGCAGCGGAGAUGACGAUUCUGAGCUUACCUCGUUGUCUGACAUUGAUUUCGAGGACGAGGCGUUGCCCUCAAAGAGACAGAGGACAGCGGGAGCUGAGAGUGAAGAGGAAGAUGGUGAUGAUGAUGACGACGACGAAGAUAUCGAGUUUGAGGAUGUCCCAGUCCAUCCCGGCCCCGUACCAGUUCCUUCAGGAGACCUUGAGCUGACAUUGCGCCGCGAUAACCGGAUCUCCCUUACCGCCGCCUUUGGAAAAAGGGCCCCUCCAAAAUUGAGCGAAAGAUCCGGAUGGCGACUCAUUGCGUUCAUGCUCACCAAAGCCUACCGCGCCGAUCCCAGGGAUGCCGCAAAAUUUGGAGAGAGAAUCGAGAACCUUGAUGAACUCCGCCGCUGCGCCCAACGGUGCGAGGGCAGUCGAGACGUGGGCGCCCAACUGUUUACUGCGCUUCUGCGCGGAAUUGGCAUGGAGGCGCGGAUGGUAGCCAACCUGCAGCCUCUCGGCUUUGGAUGGACCAAGUUAGAGGAAGCUGAUGCGGAAAGGGGGACAGGUACCUCGAACUUCGACUUAGCUGCGGACGGACCUUCCGCAGUUACGGCAAGCGCAACUGCAGGUGGUCCUUCCUCCUCUAGCCACUCAAGCCGCAAGGCGAUGCCAAAGAAGGGGCGGAGCGCCAGGAAUAAGCCUGCCGCCGACUCCGACUCCGAUGACAGCUUGAUCGAGACCUCGGCCAUUGCGCGUGAGAAUGCGGUCAAGACGUACGACAAAGACCUAGACUUUGCCCACUAUUGGACCGAAGUGCAGUCUCCCGUCACGGGCAAAUACAUCCCAGUCGAGACUCUAGUCAAAAAGCUUGUUGGCACAAACAGAGAGCUUAUCGAAUCUCUGGAGCCUCGGGGUAGCAAGGCAGAGAAAAAGAGACAGGUGAUGGCGUACGUGGUUGCAUUUUCGCAAGAUGGCACUGCCAAGGACGUCACCAUUCGAUACUUGAAGAGGCAGAUGCUCCCGGGGAAGACCAAAGGGGUGAGGAUGCCCGCAAAGAAGAUCCCAGUCCAUAACAAGCAUGGAAAGGUCAAACGCUACGAUGAAUACGACUGGUUCAGGCGGGCAAUGCCCACUAAGAUGGAGAAGAAGGAAGUGAAAGAAGGCGAGGAAACACUUCAAUUUUACAAAACAUCUCAGGAAUAUGUUCUCGCACGACAUCUCAAGCGAGAGGAAGCUCUUCAAGCAGAUGCUCUACCUGUCAAGAUGUUCAAAUCAAAAUCAAAGGGACAGGUGAAUGAGGAGCCGGUCUAUCUCCGCUCUGACGUUGUUCAGGUCAAGAGCGCAGAAACGUGGCACAAGCAAGGCAGGGUCCCCUUGGUAGGAGAGGUACCGCUAAAGCGGGUCCCUUACCGCGCGGCCACGAUCAACCGGCAGCGAGAGUUGGCAGAAGCAGAGGCCGCGACCGGGCAAAAGGUUCUCCAGGGCCUUUACAGCCUCGAGCAGACUGACUGGAUCAUCCCACCGCCCAUAAAGGAUGGCAUCAUCCCCAAGAACGAAUAUGGCAACAUCGACCUCUUCGUAGAACACAUGUGUCCAGAAGGGGCAGUACACAUCCCGUACCGAGGAGGGGUGCGGGUUUGCAAGCGACUACAAAUCGAUUAUGCAGAGGCUGUGAUUGACUUUGAAUUCGGCCAUCGAAUGGCAGUCCCCGUGAUCCAGGGGGUAGUCAUUCCCGAAGAGCACUAUGACAAGGUUAUGGAGGAGCUGCAGAAAGACGAGGUAGAGCGGGCGAGAAAAGAAGACGAAAAGCGAAGAAAAGCGGCGCUCGGCAUGUGGAGGAAGCUUCUCAUGGGCAUGCGCAUCGUACAGAGGGUGCGGGAGGAGUACGGGGAGCUCGACGACUCGAUCCACGUCUUUGGGCACUACAGGGAUAGCUUUGGGGCAGCAAAGGUACGGGCCGAGGACCCUCCUGGCCACCGGCGAUAA